UUAGGGUGAAUGGACACAGACUGAGCAUACCAGCGAUUUGGAAAACAUAUACCUAAAAGACUGCCAACCUUAUAAAGGUAUACAGCAUUACAUAGGUCCAGCUGCAUCAUGUCCCAUCAGAGAGCAACCAGCCUGUCCAGCUUACUUCACAUGCUCCCAGGACUCCUGGCAGCUGUGCUCUGCAGGCUGCGACCUGUUACCUGUGCACUCUCGGCAUCUACACCACUACAGAAUCCAACGUGGAGUGGUGGUCUGGUACACCUCUACACCGCCACAGAGAGGAACAGCUUUCACCUGAGGAUCAAUUCGGACGGCUACGUUGAUGGCAGCUUUAUGCAGUCAGCUUAUAGUGCUUUGUCAAUAAAGGCAGAAGAAGCUGGCCAUGUAGUUAUAAGGGGCGUAAAAAGUGGGCGCUAUCUUUGUAUGGAUGUCAAAGGAAACAUUUUUGGCUCACACACAUUUAAUAAAGAUGACUGCACCUUUAAACAUGAAAAUCUGGAAAAUGGCUUCAAUGUGUACCAUUCUCUCAAACACAGAAUGCUGGUAAGUCUGGGCAAGACCAAGAGUUACUACUUGCCUGGCAUAUUGCGCCUGCCUGCAUACUCCCAGUUCCUGGUACUGAAGAAUGAGAUCUCCUCCAUAAACUUCAUAAAUAUUCCUGACUUCCAUAGGCACAGUCGAAAUCUGGACAUAGAUCCUUCUGACCCACACCAAAUGCUACUUCCUCAGCAGGGGCACCCCAUCAUGGUUGUUCCCCUUAGGUUCUCUCCUCAGUUUUCUGAGCUGCCUCAGGAUUCCAUGAGAACUAGCUACAAUGACAUGAUGGAGUCAGAUGAUCCCUAUGCAAUUCUGAAAGCUGGGAAAAGGAUCAGCCCUCGGCUGUUCAUCAGAUAACAAAGAUGAAUGCUUCUGCUUUAGAAAAGACACAGUAAAUGACAACAUGGCCUAAUAGAACCAUACACUUGGCCUUGAACUGAAGAUGGGUCUGACACCAUUUGUAGCCAGCUACACACCCACUUAUGUGGCUUAUAUUUUAAAAAUCAAGCACAUCCACACAUGAUGUCUUCGUCAUUGUGUGUUACAGACUAAGAUGCACUAUAGAUUUGUUUUAAGAGACAGCCUUAUUUUGUAAGUGAUUAUAACUCACAAUAUUCUUUCUGAACUUUAAGUGCAAUAAUGAGAAUGCUGCAUGGAUGUAGAAAUAGGUCAAAUGAAUUCAAGUCUUGGUGUGUUGGCAUCCAGUUUUAAUGGGGCAGGAAAUACUCUUAGAAUCACUGUCGCCUGUGUAAUUUCCUGGCAGUGAGAUGUGUCCCUUUUAAUAUUUUUCAAUAUUUCUGCACAUGCAUCGUCAUUUACUUGAUUUAAUCAAGGACAAGGCCUGCUUAUUAGAGGUAUACCAUCUACCAAAAAAGGUUUCUUCAAACCAAGAAAAAAAAAAAAACUUUUUAUCUUUUACCCAUCUUAUACCCCAGAUCUAAUAGCUUUCCAGGGAAUUCAGUGUUUUGAGGUAUUACGCCAUAUUAUUUUUAUUUAUUUAUUUUACUUAGGAAGCCAUUGAAGAAGGACUGUAGCAUGUGCUUUACGUACCCAAGCAGGAAAUAGUCAAAUUAAAAUUUUUCACCAAUUUCUCUGUGGAAUUGAACAUCAAAAUGGGUGACAACAGUAUGCUGUCUGAUGAUAAAAAUGAACAGAAACGUUAAGAAAUGCUGAAAAUUAUUUUAGCAACACUUCAUAUUCUGUAGUUGGUUUUCCUCUUUCUACACAAUUCCUCAAUGUAUUUUUUUAUUUGGCCCUACUAUGAAUCGUUGACUUCCUAAAUGUCAGCAUGUCAGGAGGAUAACAAAAUGGUCAAAAGUAGACAGGGAAAAAAGUAAUAAUUUGUAUCUGAUUUAUGCAGGUGGGUGGUCAAGUUGUCCUGCACCACUCUUGAUGUUAGAGGAAAGCCCCCCACAUUGAUACACACACACACACACAUAUA